CGCGCGCAGCCUCGCCUCCUCCGCGCCGGCCGAGGGCGCGCGUGGGCGAAUCCCGCGCGCGCCGGCCGCUUCCUUAUUGGCCGCCGCAACGAGGCGACGGCGCUUGAUUGGUCGGCGGGCGGGGAGGGGCGGAAGAUGGCGGCGCUGGGCUCUCCGCUGCGGACCUUGCGCGGGCUCCUGCGGGAGCUCCGUUACGCCAGCGGCCGAGCGGGCCGCCCCUACCGUGACACGUCCGCCUACCAGCACAUCGUCGCGGCCUUCCGCGCCCACCGGGUCACCAGCGAGAAGCUGUGCCGGGCCCAGCAGGAGCUGCACUUCCAGGCUGCCACCUACCUCUGCCUGCUCCGCAGCGUCCGGGAGCACACGGCCCUUCACCAGGAGUACCACGGCAAGGGCGAGCGCUCGCCUGAGGAGGUCGCCGGCCUAGUGGGCUUCAGGUUGCCUCAGCAGCCAGGAGGGAAGGGUUAAGAUGAUUCUGCUGUGUUACCUAUUUAUUCCUGAAUAAAUACCCUAGAAUUAUCGAAA